CGCUUAUCGUCCUGCCAAUGGGGAACCAGGCCUCGGCCGGCCGGCCGCCGCAGGUGUCUCCGGAGCAUUUGCGGCCGAGCCCGAAGGUGUCCCAGCGCGCCGAGUUUGACGAGCGCGCCCUGCGCCGCGCCAUCCUCGAGCGCCGGCUCGCGCCGUGCACGAGGGGCCAGGAUGAGGCCUCGCCGCACCUGGACGAGUGCCCCAUCUGCAUGCUAAACUUUCCGGGCGGGCUGAACCGCUCCUCCUGCUGCAAGCAGCCAAUCUGCACCGAGUGCUACCUGCAGGUGGCGCCGCGCAUGUCGUCGCGCGGGGUCAGCUGCCCCUUUUGCAAGAAGGACAACUACACCGUGGGCUACUUUGGCCCGCCCUCCGCCGCCGCCCGUGCAAAGGCGAGGCAGGAGGAGCAGCUCGCGCUCGCCUCCGCGCGGAAAGAGCCCGAGCCGGCGCGCCUCUCGCCGUCGGCGGGGCGCGACUCCCCGGCGGCAGACGACUUCCAGCUCGACUACGACCGCCGCUGGGCGCUGGCGCAGCAGGCGCUCGAGUCGCAGGCGAGCCUCGGCACCGCUGCGGCGACCGCGUCGGACGCGGUGGCCUUCGACGAGCAGACCCUGGCCUCGGCCGCCGCCGCCCUGCAGCGCGGCGGCGGCGACGACUCGGACGGCGGCGGAGCGGCGGUGGAGUUGGCGGUGGCCGAGCGUCGUCUCCAGAUCGACUCGCAGCGCGGAGUCGAGGGGUGA